AUGUCUUCCGCACACAACUGGCCCUCGCAGUCCCUCCUCAACCUCGACGUGUUCAGAGCGACCGGUGUGAGCGCCAACACCCGUUCCGAUGCCCUUGCGCUCUCAGAAAGCGCGUAUCAGCGGGCGGGGCUUAUCUGGAAGGCUUGGGACCUCACCUUCGAAGAUGUCGUCAACCUCAGUCCCAAGUUCUGGAAGAUGCACAACGACCCCAUCGCCUGUCACAAUGUUUCCUCCGUAACCAUCAUGACCAUCCAUCUCAAUCUUGCUGUGGGUACCAUUGGAACAUACGCUGCCGAUCGUCCCGAGCUUCAGGCUCUAUGCAAGGAUAUGAUGGAUUGGAAAGCUAUCGGUCAAUUCCUUCUCACUGAAGCUGGUCACGGUUUGGAUGCGACCAACCUAGAGACCACCGCUACUCUCCAGUCUGAUGGCACUUUCAUUCUUAACUCCCCCAACCGGGCUGCUUCAAAGUAUAUGCCCCCGACUGUUCCGGUUUUGGGUAAACCUUGCUAUGGUGUCGUCUGGUCCCAGUUGAUCGUCGAUGGCGAGAAACGUGGUAUCAGGCCUUUUGUCGUCCAAUUGAACGACGGCGUUCACAUGAGCAAGGGUAUCACCGCCAAAUUGAUUCCUACUCGACAUGGCGCAGCUCCAGUCAACCAUGCCGUCACCCGCUUCGCCCAGGUCCACCUUCCGCAGUGGUCUCUCCUUGGACCCAUCGGCGACAAACCCUCAACUCACGCUGACUUCCUCGCCGCUAUCUGGCGUGUCUCCGUUGGUACACUCUCUUUGGCUUCGUUCGCUCUCCCAGCUAUGCAAAUUGCUGCUCACAUCGCGUACAAAUACUCUCUUCGUCGUAAAGUCGGCGUCCCUGCGCAACCCAUCAUCAGCUUCCGCACCCAGCAGAUCCCCAUCUUCACUGCAGUCGCGCAGACGUAUGUCAUUGAGGCGUGGACGAAGCAUGCGAUUAAACACUUUAUGGAUCCCGCUGCGAACCGUCAAGCGAGGCAUGCGAUUGCGACCAUCUACAAGGCCGUGGUUAUGGAGCAUGCACAGACCACCCACUUCCAUCUUUCGGAGAGGCUGGGUGCUCAGGGCUUGUUUGACUAUAACCAGAUCGUCUCUCAGUUUGCUGAGAUGAGAGGUGUUGUCAUUGCUGAGGGUGAUGUCCUUGUUCUGGCUAUUCGUCUCGCCUCAGAACUCCUCCAGGGUAAAUACUCUAUUCCGGCCCCUCUCUACCCCAACAGUCUCCUCGCCCAGCACGAAAAAGGCGUGUUCGAAGAAGCUCGCGCUCUUGUCAUGAAACACGGACCUCGGUCGAAACAAUAUGCUGACUACAUUCUUCCUCGGUCUAAAGACCUCGUUGAAGCCAUUGGCCACCGGAUGGCGCACGAAAGCGCUUUGGUCGAAGGUAUCCCCGCUGUUCUCGCCGAUAUCUACGAAGUCUUUGCCAUUCAGAAGGACGUGGGUUGGUACGUCGAGGCUGGGCUCCUCACCCGGGCUAGGGUUGCGGAUAUGCAGAACUCGGCAAUGACGAAUGCUUUUGGGAACAUGAACGAGUGGGUUGAUGGGAUGGGUGUGGCCAAGUGGGUCAAGGUGCCAAUUCUCACGGAGAAAGACUGGGAUAAUUUCGUGGAUUCGAUGUAUACAUUCAGGGAGGCUCCGGAGGAGAUAGCACUUUUGUAA